AUGUGUGCUUCUUAUGGCAAACUUUAUUUCAACAAUGCUUUUCAACAGUCAGUUGAGAGAUAUGAUCCAGUGGUGAACUCUUAGGUAUCUGUCACACCAUUAAGUGGUGGUUCAGUGCCACUCCGUAGUGUAGCUGUAGUUAAUUUCCAAGGGUUUUUGUAUGUGAUUGGUGGGAGAAUAGGAGAUGAGCAAGUAAACUGUGUGCAUAGGUACAAUCCUGACACAAACCUAUGGCAGGAAGCUACACCCAUGAACAUUUCCAGAUCUUCACUGUCUGUUGCAAAUGACAAGGACACUAUGUAUGCAAUUGGAGGCCAGACAAAAGAUCAAUUACUGGAUGUUGCUGAAAGAUUUGACCCCAAAACAAACUCAUGGCGCAGAGUGGCUUCAAUUCUUGAAAAGAAAAGAUACCCUCAUGCUGCUAUUUUAAAGGGUAAAGUGUUCCUAUUUGGAGGCUGUACCAGCCUUCGAGCCUUAAAUGUAACUUCCAGGAAGAUUGAAAUGUAUGACCCAAUUACAAACAUCUGGACAGCCAUUCAGAGGACAUCUGCACCAAAGCGCUUUUUAGGUGCCACAAGUUUUAAGGGAGCCGUUUAUGUUACAGGUUUGUGGAACCAAGAAAGUUCCAAUGUUUAUUGCUUGAGGGUGUAUGAUGUUGACAAGAAUGAGUGGACGCAUUCCUCUUAA